AUGAUCUUUACCCUAACCUUGGAAGUUGUGAAUGCACGCUGCGGCCUCUAUCGGCGCCUUGGGGUUUGGUGGCCCUACAAGCGGGAACCUGGGGAUUAUCUUCUGCCUAGCCGAGCUGCCGGUGUUAAGUGCGUGCGCUUGUUCGGGGGGCCGAAAGAAAUUAAUAUAUUUGAUUAUAGACGGACCCCCCAAAUAACCAAGCCCCAGAAGAAUAGUUCUGAGAUAUGUAUUCUGGGUUUUGCUUCUAUGGAAACUUGGAUGGGCAUAAGGGGUCCAAUAUGGGUCUGUAAAAGAUGGAAAAAUAAAGGUAGAAAUUAUAUACCGCUACGCCCAUCUGGGGUUAGCGCCAUUUUCAGUUCAUCGUUGCGGACGUUUCCAUGGCGGAAAUGUUGUAUUUCUCGAGUUGCUGUGAAUUCAAGCUUUGGAUGA